AUGGCAUGGGCUGCGGUAAAGAUCUCCACUUGUUUCGUUGCUUCGCUCGCCGAGAAUAUCGCCACUGAAUUUGUUACGAAGGACGAAUCACAGGAUCCGCUACGCAUGACCUCUUGGUGUCCAACAUACCAAGUCGGAACUCAAUGUCCAGAGAACUCUCUUAUCUUUUACUAUAAGUGCUGUGGACAUCUUCACAAGGAGUGCUGUUCUCAUCUACGGGUCUGGGUUCUCGUGCUGAUUAUUGCCCUUCCGCUGUUAUUCAUUGUACCGCCUGUGGUGUAUUUGAUGCGUCGACUUCUUUGCAAAAACAAUCGGCCCUAUUCUGCUGGAAUUCAAAUGACGACACGCGAACAGAGAGAAAGUCGAAGUGCUGCCAGAUAG